AUGACAGACUCUGAAGAUGGAGCGACCGCAUUCAGCAGGUCAUUGCCAAGAGCAUGUGAUGUUUGUCGAGUGCGGAAGAUACGAUGCGACAAGACCACACCCUGCUCUAAUUGCAAGACUGCUGGAGUGAUAUGCAAGAUCACUAGUAGAAGCAAUGACAUUACUAAACCACGAUCUAGGGUGCUCAUCUCUAACCAAUAUGAACAGAAAAUUGAUCGCAUGGAACAACGCCUUGAGAGCAUCGAAAAGUUGCUACAGGUGUUGGCCUCGGGAACAAGGACCCCUUCGGAAUGCAAGCAACCCGAAUCUGGAUCCUCUUCAGUGACCUUUACACCCACGCCGAGUAGUUCUUUGCCGAUUCGUACUCCUCAAGUUGAGCAAUUCGAAGGAGAGUCUUCCCUGGUCGCACAUUCGAGGCAAGCCCAUGAAGCCUUGCAACACCUACUGGAAGCAGCACCAAUGACUAUUCGCAAUGAUCCCAACACAGUCAAUGCCCUUGCAUCUCUACGAUACUUGCUAGAAAAGCACCGCUCCGAACCUCCUAGCAUCACUUUGCUCUCCCGGAUGGGUUCGCUAAGUGACCUUCAGCAUUCGGAAUUACCUCCACGGGAUGAGGUGCUGAGACUUUUUACGUAUGUCGAAGCGGAUGAUUUGAAUGACAUGUUUACCUGGUGGCUCUUUGACGAUGUCGAGGACUUUUACCGAAUGUACGAUGAGUUCUGUCGCUCGCCAUCAACAUGCCCACUUGCAACCUCAGUUUUGGUGUAUUGCGCGCUGUGCUGGCUCUUAGAAGGGAAUCCGAUUAUGCAAAGAGCUGGAGUGGACAUGUCAAAGUAUGCUGAUUAUGUCCCGGUUUGUUACAAACAUCUGGCCACGUGCAUAUCAUCUUAUAAUCUCUUUGUGGAGCCCACCGAUGACAACAUAGCAGCUCUCUCUUCUGCCGCUGCAUUCGCCAUCUACACCGCCGACAUCAACGCAGCUUGGACACUGACGAGCACUGCAGCGCGUUUAUGUCAAUCUUUGGGCUACCAUCGUUUGAUCCCCAGUCGGAGUAGCGAUGGUGGGGUAUACGUUAAACGAUCUAUGCUAUUCUGGUCGGUUUACUUUAUCGACAAAUCGCUGUCACUUCGACUUGGUCGAGCAUCCGCACUUCAAGACUUUGAUAUCUCAACCUCUCCGAAAGAUGUCAUUAAUAUCUGGAAAGAUCAAGGGCCUGGCCCUUUUGACUACAAGCAUGAUAAAUUGAUGGAGUGGUUGGCACUUUCGCUCGAGAUGGCGAAAAUACAGGGAGCUAUUUAUGAUAGAUUGUACGCUCCCGGAGGUAUCAAGUCUCUGUCUGAGCGACAACGACAAGGCCAAGAAUUUAUCAUCAAGAUCCACGAAGUGUUGGCGAUGAACCAAAAGUGCUUUGAAGAGCCAGGCUGGCUUCAAGAGUACACAUCCUUCUACAAGGAAAGCAGUGAUGUUAUUCUCUACAGCUUAUUCACGCUUGUCUAUAGAGCCAUGCCUGAAGCUGCCAACGCUCAACAGCUUUCCUUGCAAGCUGCAAGAUCAACUAUGCAAGUCCAUUAUAGUUGCAGCAAAAAAGCAGAAUUCAUGGGUUCAGAAUUCAAGCUCGAAUACAUGACCUGGUCCAUCAUGUUAUGUCCCUUUACAUCCUUCAUCGUCCUCUUCCGCAACGUCAUCACAGACCUCAACAUCUCCGACCUAAAACUCCUCGAAGACUUUGUCGCAUCCAUCGAAUGGCUGAACGACAAAUCCCAACGCGAACCCCUGCAACGCUUCCAACAACUCUGCCAUGCCUUCUACAAUCUCGCAAAACACUUUGUAGCUGCUCGAUUGCGUGCAGAUAAUGAGCACAACGUUCCGACGGACGCAAGUCAGAUGCUAGUCAUGGAUACCAUGCAACAAACUAGUGGGUAUGAUGCAUCGCUAAACGACUUGGCGUUUCCAGAGGACUUUCAGACUUGGAUGGAUACGAAUAUGGACUUUAUGAAUGAUAAUUGGUUGGCUUUUGGGACGCUUUGA